AUGCGGUCAGCUUUUUUAACCCUUGCUGGAGUCCUUGUGGGAGGACAGCUGGCAGCCGCAAAUCCCUUGAGUUCCCUAGACUCGUUCAUAUCGAAGGAAGGCCUACGGUCGUACCAGGGUAUAAUCGACAAUCUGGGGAACAAGGGUGCGAAAGCCCCUGGUACCGCCGCUGGCUUGUUUGUUGCCAGUCCCAACACUGCGGAUCCAGACUACUUUUAUACAUGGACUCGUGAUUCCGCAUUGACUUUCAAAUGCUUGAUUGAUCUGUUCGAGAGUGGUAAUUCCAAAUUCGGCUUGAAGAAGAGCGAGUUGGAAACCGAUAUUCGAAACUAUGUCUCUUCGCAAGCAGUUUUGCAGAAUGUAUCCAAUCCAUCUGGGACCCUGGAGGAUGGUUCAGGUCUCGGUGAGCCCAAGUUUGAAGUUAACUUGAAUCCCUUCACUGGUUCCUGGGGCCGGCCUCAGCGAGACGGUCCCGCUCUCCGGGCGACUGCUUUGAUCACAUACACGAACUACCUGCUUUCCAAGGGUCAGAAGUCAGAGGCAGUAAAUAUCAUGUGGCCUAUUAUCUCAAAUGAUUUGGCAUAUGUUGGCCAGUACUGGAAUAAUACCGGUUUUGACCUCUGGGAGGAGCUUGAUGGAUCUUCAUUUUUCACAUUGGCCGUUCAACACCGUGCUUUGGUGCAGGGAGCUACUCUGGCACGAAAGCUUGGCAAGUCAUGCCCUGCUUGUUCAUCUCAGGCACCCCAGGUUCUGUGCUUCCUGCAGAGUUUUUGGAAUGGAAAAUACAUCACUGCAAAUAUCAAUCUCGACACCAGCCGUACUGGUAUUGAUGCAAACUCCAUUUUGGGAAGCAUUCACACCUUUGAUCCCGAAGCUUUGUGCGAUGAUUCGACUUUCCAGCCUUGCUCUGCCAGGGCGCUGGCCAACCACAAGGUCUAUGUCGAUGCUUUCCGUUCAAUCUAUAAAAUCAAUGGUGGCAUUUCCGAGGGUUCUGCUACCAAUGUUGGCCGCUAUCCAGAAGAUGUCUACCAAGGAGGUAACCCAUGGUAUCUCACUACCCUGGCAUCCGCUGAGUUGCUAUAUGAUGCCUUGUAUCAGUGGAACAAGAUUGGCGCCCUUGAGGUGACUGAGACCUCGCUGGCGUUCUUCAGGGAUUUCCACUCAUCUGUGAAGACUGGCUCCUACUCGGCAAAGAGUCAGACUUACAAGACACUCACAUCCUCCAUCCGCACCUAUGCCGACGGCUUCGUCGGCCUUGUACAGAAAUACACCCCUGGCAACGGCUCAUUGGCAGAGCAGUACAACCGAAACACCAGUGUCCCACUCUCAGCAAAUGAUCUGACAUGGUCGUUUGCUUCCUUUUUGACAGCAGUUCAACGCCGAGAAUCGAUCGUGCCUGGCUCGUGGGGCGAGAAAUCCGCCAAAACUAUCCCAACUACAUGCUCUGCUUCACCUGUGACCGGAACCUACAAGGCUGCCACUUCGACAUUCCCUACUUCCACUGUUGGCUGUGUUCCCGCAACUGAUGUCGUACCCAUUACAUUCUACGUCAUCGAGAAUACUUAUUAUGGAGAAAACGUUUACAUCGCCGGUAAUAUCAGUGCACUCGGCAAUUGGGAUACUAGUGAUGGAUUAGCACUCAGUGCUGGACUUUACACUGAGACGGACAAUCUGUGGUUUGGUAGUCUGGAACUUGUUACUGCAGGUACUCCAUUCGAGUACAAGUACUACAAGAUUGAGCCGAAUGGCACGGUUACCUGGGAAUCGGGUGACAAUCGGGUUUCUGUGGUGCCCACUGGCUGCCCUAUCCAGCCCAGACUACACGAUGUGUGGCGAUCUUGA